AGAGGCUGCAGCAGUCCCCGAGGAGAACGGGAGCUCGCGGUCAUGUGCUCUCACAAGAUGGCGACUCCAAUACAGGGGUACAGAUACAGAGCUGUUUGGUGAAUUCGACAUUUUCUGCAUGGGAUAUCUCUGAAAGAGGGAGAACUUGCAGCUGCAGUGCAAAGCUUUGUCUAUCGGAAUUACAGCUCUAACAUGGCUAUCCAUGUCUUUGAUAAUGAUGAAUAUAGACCACCAGUAUGGAAAUCCUACUUGUAUCAGCUCCAGCAGGAGGCGCCACACCCACGCCGGGUCACUUGCACUUGUGAGGUUGAGAACCGACCAAAGUACUAUGGACGAGAGUACCAUGGCAUGAUCUCCAGAGAGGAGGCAGAUCACCUGCUGAGUGUGGCAGAAGGAAGUUACCUUAUUAGAGAGAGUCAGAGACAACCUGGGACCUACACCUUAGCAUUACGCUUUGGCAAUCAAACCCGAAACUUCCGCCUAUAUUAUGAUGGGAAGCACUUUGUGGGAGAGAAACGUUUCGAGUCCAUUCAUGACCUUGUAACGGAUGGUCUGAUCACACUCUACAUCGAGACCAAAGCAGCGGAGUACAUUGCAAAGAUGACCAUCAACCCCAUCUAUGAGCAUGUGGGCUACACCACUCUGAACCGCGAACCUGCACUAAAGAAACCUGCACCCGUAACCAGAGACACACCUGACGGAAAGGAGCCACAUGGAGAUGACAGUGGCUUGGAGCAGAGACUCACAUCGCUGGUGAGACGGGCCACGCUGAAGGAGAAUGACCGCGCACCCAAGUAUGAAAAAGUCCACAACUUUAAGGUGCACACAUUCAGAGGUCCACACUGGUGUGAGUACUGCGCUAACUUUAUGUGGGGGCUCAUUGCUCAGGGAGUCAAAUGUGCAGACUGUGGGUUGAAUGUUCAUAAGCAGUGUUCUAAAAUGGUGCCCAAUGACUGUAAACCAGACCUGAAACAUGUGAAGAAAGUGUACAGCUGUGAUCUGACCACACUCGUCAAGGCCCAUAAUUCCAAACGACCCAUGGUGGUAGACAUGUGCAUACGGGAGAUUGAAUCACGAGGUCUGAAGUCAGAAGGUCUCUACAGAGUGUCUGGAUUCAGUGAUUUAAUUGAAGAUGUGAAGUUAUCGUUUGACAGAGAUGGGGAGAAGGCAGAUAUCUCAGUGAAUGUGUAUGAAGACAUCAACAUCAUCACAGGGGCUCUUAAACUCUACUUCAGGGAUUUACCUAUACCUGUGAUCACCUAUGAUGCAUACCCGCGCUUCAUCGAGGCUGCCAAGCUAGCAGAGCCAGAUGAGCGUCUCGAGGCGUUGCACGAGGCUCUGAAGCUUUUGCCUCCUGCUCACUAUGAAACACUGAAGUAUCUGAUGGCUCACUUAAAAAGGGUGACUCAGAAUGAGAAGGAUAACCUGAUGAAUGCCGAGAAUCUGGGAAUCGUAUUUGGCCCUACUCUGAUGCGAGCGCCAGACCUCGAUGCCAUGACUGCUCUUAAUGACAUCCGCUACCAGAGGCAGGUGGUGGAGUCUCUGAUAAAGAACGAAGAUAUCCUCUUCUAGCCUCAACUCCAUUCUGCUGUCUAUAUGAAGGAACGUUUUUUUUAUCACGGACUGCACUUCAGUGCUGUGCUGUAUUGUUUCUUUUUGUGCAAAGACUUGAAUCUCAAAAUGAAGGACCCAUUGUAUAAUACAACAGUUUUUUUUGUUUGUUUGUUUUUUGUUUUUUCCCCUCACAUCUGGUGGACCAGUACUAACUGUUUAUCAUUCUGUUCUCCCCCGUUUAAUGGGUGUGGAUUACGUACCUUAAAUUUGCAUGUCUUCCUCCCCAUUUUUGUCGGGGGUUGUCUAAACGUAAGGGCGGGACUGUGCAGAACGAGCGUCGUUUAUUUUGGGGGGGUUUCAGGGUUAUAAUGGGAUAGCCCGUGGCCUCCUCCCACAGCAUGUGGUAAAGCUUGUGAAAUGUGACGCAUCGUGACUGUGCUUUUAUUUUAUCCCGUGGAUGUACAGUAGUUCCCGCUUGCCAAACAGGCCAUUUGGUUUUUGUGCGACAUUGUAAACAUGAUAGAUUCCACUGAUUUUGGUGACACUUUACUUGGAAUGCUCAAAAUAAAGGCUGCAAUAUAUACAUAAGACACACUUUUAAAAUCAGUGAGCAGUGUGAACAAUCUUUAGUUGAAGUGGUGUUUAGUGAUAUCAUAGCCAAUGCCUGAGUUUUUCUUAAAUUUUGGUUUAAUAUUUUUUUUAUGAAUUUACUGCUUUGAUUACUUACGUAUUCUUUUUAAUGGGCAAGUUUUUCUUUAUCCCCAGCAUCUAAUAUUAAUGCCUUUUUUCCAUUUUGAAUAUAUUGUGUGAUUUAUGAAUGUCCUGUAACAUAUUUCUAUGUCACUCUCCAAGUAAAGUGUCACCGUUAUUUUGUACCAACCUGUGAAUUAAUUUUCUGAUAACUUUUCUCUGCCUACAAUUUGCCUUUACAUGCAGUACCUCUUCAGGUGAAUCUCCAGAGCCUCCUCAGCUCUAGUCAUGAAGACGAUUACAAUCUAGUUACUUCUGAGUGUCGAUUAUUGUAGUCAGGCCUUCAAAAAUCUCUUGCACUCUCAACAGAACUGGCUAAUGUUUUUUGGUUGUAAUGUUUUUGUAUUUGAUUUGUGCAUGAAUACAUUAAUUUAUUAAACUUCACUUUUAGAAAUAUGGUUUUCAGAGAUUUGUUGCAUGUCAAGUCUGCUUGGGUACAUCCACAACUUCACAGAAAAACUUCUGUAUUUGGUUUUUCUGAGGACAGAUAUUGACUUGGUUUCAAGCUAAGACAAUUACAAGGUAUUUUUUAUCUGUUUUUCUUAGCACAUUAUUUAGAGACCUGCUUUAUUAGCCUUUGCUUUGGGUGACCUUGACAAAAGAACGUGUUUAUAAAGUCGGCAUGUUUACAGUGACAGUUCAGCAACAUCUUGCAGCUCUUCAGCCUGUGAGCCCUCCAACCCUGUCAGUCAGACUGAUUUGUUUAGAGAUUAGCACAGAAGCUACAGUACCUCGGGCAGCAUCCAUCCCCCAAAUCAUGCUGAGCUUUAUUUGCCGGAUGCAUAUGUGAACAACGUGAGGCAGGAUUCAUGUGUUUUAUUUUUAAUUACUCCUGAUGGGUCGCCCAUCCCCCACGGCAUCAGAGAAACCGUCACGACUCAUCUCUGUUCAUUCAAACAUCCUGCUUCUCUUCCCUUAUAACAAAUCUUGGGUUGCAUCUGCACCUUCCUUUAGAAUUUUCUUAUCUGUGGUCCCAUGGUGCCCUCACUGAUUGAGAAAGCUAUGAUUUGAGGGGUUGGGGGGAGGGGUCGUUCAUUUCUAUGUUGGCAGCUGGUGAGUCUUAAUUUUCCGUGAAAUCCUAUUAAAUUAUCCGCCAUUGUUCUCUGUUAAGCAUAGGAACACCAGUGUAAGUUUGAUUAUUAAAAGCCAUGAAUCUUUAAA